GAUAAAAGUUGUUGGGGUUUGGCGCAAUUUACUCAUUAAAUUAUUCUAUAGACUAAUUUGCUGAACACGACAGUCGCUUACUUACUUGAGUGGCUCAGAGUCGGAAAUUGGAGAGACGGUGGCUCGGCCCAUCUUAGGAACCAACCAUGUUAGCACCAACUGUCUCUUUCCCUUCCCACGCCAACUCCGUUCGACUCUUUCCUAUCUCCAUCACAAAUCGUCCGGAAAGCCAGUCUUUGUCUUUAAAGCUCAGAGCAUCUUUCUUCGAUUAUCCUCUUGCCAGCAGAAUCAUAGUCAAAAAUCUGCCAUAUUCUGCCAGUGAAAGGGUUUUGCUCGAGAAUUUUUCAAAUUUCGGACAGAUAGCCGAAUUAAAACUAGGGAAGGACAAGAUGACAAGAAGGCCAAAAGGGUUUGCCUUCAUCCAGUUUACAAGUCAAGACGCUGCUAUGCUUGCCAUAGAAAGCAUGGAUCAUCAGUAUUUUGGUGGAAGGCUGAUUUAUGUGGAUAUAGCAAAACCAGGGAAGGAUGCUUUUGGAGGAAUUCCAAAAACUUCUGGUCCUCCAAAACAACAGCAGCAGCAACAUAUGCCACCUGAACAAGAAGUUGCAGACUGCUGGUACUGAUUAUAAAUUUCUAAAGCACAGAAUUACCAAACUAAGCAACUUUUGUACAAUAACACAGUAGAUUUUCUAGUGUCAUCAAUGCCCUUUUAUAACCUUAUCAAGCAUUGGUAUUAGUUUUCACUGCAUUAUAGCAGCUUCUAUGAUGUAUGAUAUGUGUAGAGUUUUGAAAACCAAGAGAAAGAGUUAAGAAAAAGUAAGCCAAGGGUACAAUAUUUCCGAAGGAAAUUCUUUUUCCCGUGUAACAUACUGGUUUUUAUUUAUGACUAAAUUUCAAACUAUAUUUAAA